UGAAAAUGAACGCGCGGAUGGCUGAGCCUCUCUCUUUCAUGCGCGGGAAGAAGUCAGGGUUGUGAUAAAGGUGAUAUUAUUGCUUCUUCAUCUCUGGCGCUUCCCCCAUAUGCAGCGUAUCGCACAAGUAUACAUGUCUGAAUCGACCCCAUCCUUGCCUGCCUGCCGGGUCUAGAAACUGACUGGUUACUUCGCCCUGCCAGAGAUCACGGCUGAUAUCGCUUGGCCUCUCCCGAUUGAUUGACGUUCAGCGCGCGCAUCAGCUGAAGAUUAUGCACCUCCGUCCCUCUCAUGUUUCGUUCUCUGUACUCCGUAGAUGUUGAGUUCAGUGGCUACCAGGGACCAUGGCGGGGAUAGCUCACUAAUUAUCGAUUUACGUCAUUCUCUUGAGGUAUAAAUAGUUAGUUCAGAUAACGGAUAACUGAUUAACCAUCGAUCUCCAUUAUUCUACUAACUAACUACUGCACUGCGGCUGGAAAAAGAAGAGGAAUUGCUUCCCUGCCCGCAAAGCCAAUCCCUCAUCUACCGUAUACUGAUCUUCCUCUACGGAGUACACGAUAUAGCUAUAGACGCUAGUCCGCUGCGAAGCUUAAGGCAGAGCUGAUAAAUAGAUCUACCAACGAGAAACGUCGCUAAGACUAGAGCGAAGGAUGUGUUAAACCAAGCGAUUUCGACACUCUUCCACCUUUCGCAUCUCCCUCGACACGCAAGCCGUCCAUCGUCUUUCCCUCGCCCUUGCCGCCCGUUGCCAUCAUGUCGGUCCAGGUCUUCCUUAACCGGCCGCAUCCGUUCUUUACAAACCUCGACUACAUCUCUGGCAAGGCUGUUUUGUCCCUCUCGACGGAAACAGCCAUAUCUUCCAUCAAUGUCAAGCUAGAAGGCGAGAGUCGGACUCGUUUGGCCGCAGCGAAGUAUCCGCAUAACGAACGAUCGGACAAGAAGCGAACCGAAAUUGAAUUGCACAAGGUGCUGUAUAAGGUCGUUACUGUCUUUCCUGGGCCCGAUACCCAGGAUAGUGUGUCGCCUAAUACAUUCUAUACCCUCUUACCGGGGGUGUAUGAAUAUCCUUUUCAGUUUAGGUUCCCAUUUAACAACGACUGCAUCGAUAACCCGCUACCUACCAAUUUGAACAUGGCUGGCAUAAGGGUAGAGGUAGCUCGGGAUACUAACCAGCACAUCCGAAGGACUCUUCCUCCUUCAUUGACCGGGUUUCCCGGUGAAGCUGAGAUCAAAUAUUACGUCAAGGCAACCGUCGUCAGGCCGCAGUUUUACAAGGAGAACUACAGAGGAUUUGCGGAUUUCAAGUUCCUUCCUAUCGAACCGCCACGGAAGAAGGAGAUUGAUAAAGAAUCAUAUGCCAGACGAGAACAUCAGUUUAAGUCUAAAAUAACACCGCAGUCGCCGCAGUCCCCACAAUCUCCGCAGGAGAAAAAAGGACUCUUCAAAGGGAGUACUGAAAACGAACUGUUGCCUCGUUUCUCUGUCGAUGCACGCCUACCUAGCCCGCCGAUAAUAACAUGCAACGAACCACUACCACUGCGCAUCUUGAUAAAGAAGCUCAAUAACAGCAGCGAGAUUGUUACCCUCCAGCUUCUUCAAAUAGAACUGAUAUCCUACACCCAUGUCCGUGCCCAGGAUCUGACUCGCUCCGAAAGUGGAAGCUGGGUUAUUACUACUCGAAGUAAUAUUGGCUUGCCGCUAGGAAAUAGCAAUGACCGGGCAGGUAAAGAGUGGAAGCUAGAUACAGAAAUGUGGAAUCGCAUCCCUCUUCCUAGCUCCGUUCUUCCGUCUUUUGAGACAUGCAAUUUGUCAAGAACGUAUGAGCUGGAGAUACGAAUUGGACUGGCCCAUGGGCCAGUUGGGUUGAAGAAAGGUUUGAUUGUCCUUCCCCUACGGAUGGCUGUUCAGGUCUAUUCCGGUAUUGCACCGCCCCAAGCACUCCUAGACGCUAUGAAUGGACAUCCAUCAAAGGGGCCAAUUCCAGCUCCUGUACAAAACCCGGUCUUCGGAUUUGGUCCUGGGCCUAGCCACAUACCGCCUAGCCAGCCUAUGGCAGGCCCUGGCCCUGGCCCCAGCCCGAUCCCGAUGAACCCGAAUAUACCACCUCCUCAGCCCCCACGUCCAAACCCGGCAAACAACCCCGUUUCAAUGGAAAACUACGAAGAAGCACCCCCACCCAGCUACGAAGAUGCGAUGGCGGAUGCUCUUGCGCCAGUAGAUGGCCCGAGGCACGAGUAUAACCCACUUGCCGCAUCACAACGCUCUUCAUCAUGGACCUCAACUGAUGCUCAAUCUUCAGCGCCCCCAGGUAACCCUAGGAGUAACAGCUUCGGCCCCUCCGGUUCCGGUGGCUACGAUAUAGAUUCAAAAAGUGACGAACGAUUAUUUCCCAGCGAAGCUGGAUCACGCUCACCGACGUUCGAGUUCACUAGUAUCCCGCCUGUGACAGUCGAGAGAGAUGUUAACCAUCCAUCUACUCCUACCUCCACGACCGAAACUAAUGGCCCAGAAAAUAGCAGCCGAAUGCAGAAGCAGAUGCGUGAGUUUCAACACUAUCAGACCACAGGCCAACUGGACGGCAUAUCAGAGUCACCAAUCACAUCAACAACAGAUUUGCCUUCAAUGACAUCCUCAUCAACAGUAUCACUUCCAAUAGACAGACCGCCUCAACAGUCGAGACGGGUAACGCCAAUCAUGCCAAAUCUAGGUAUACCUCCUAGAAAACCUGUUCCUACACCGAAGAAGACGAAUUCAUUGCCUUGAACUACAUACUUAAGAUGAUUUUCUUUCAUUUGCCUCAACCAAGCGCUGGGCGGGUGGUUAGUUAAUGGAGUUAUGGCCGUGGUAUCUUGAUUCGACUUCAAAAUUAUCACUGUUUUCAUGAGC